AAACUCGUGGGCUGGCUAUCUAAACCUCAUUUUUGAGCAGCUGUCUCUGUCUAGAUCUGGUUAUUUGCACAUUCAUUGACUAAUUAGUGUCUAUGUCACUAGUUGAAUCAAAACAUCUUUUGAUAUUAUGAUUUGUAGUUUGUCUAGUUGUUUGGCUUUAUGCUUCUUACAUUGGAUAAAUGAGGAAAUGCAGAGAAGCUCACGGGAUUGAAGGUGCGUCCCAAAUCAUAUUCCUUAUUAAUGCUGUUCAGUUGCUCCAGCCUUUUUUAUUUUAGCAUUACUAAUUAUUUUUCAAAAUACAAAUGUCCUGAUGUAUUUACUCGUCCAAGAUGUUCAUUGCACUUUUCGUUUUCAGUCUGUGUUUGAGGAAAACAUUCCAGGAUUUUUCUCCAUAUAAUGGACUUCAAUGGGAACCAGCGGGUUGAAGGCGCCAUGCAGACCCCAGAGGCAGGCGCGGACUCCACGUCCAGCGUGCCGCUCCAGACCAGCGUGCCUGCGGUCAGUGCCCAGCAGGGGGCGUCUCAGGUGCCCGUCCAGCAACAGGCGCAGACUGUUCAACAGGUCCAGCAUGUGUAUCAAACACAGGUGCAGUACGUUCAGGAGGAAAACAACGCCGGUUACACCAACGGGACCAUACGGACGUAUUCAUACUCAGAACCACAGCUGUACAACCAGAACAGCGGCGGGAACUACUUCGACACGCAGGGCAGCUCGGCUCAGGUGAGCUCUCACAGUAUGACCAACAACGGGAACGGUGCUCUGGCCAUGGGGCUGUCAGGAGGACAGAUCAUCAGCAGCUCAGGAGCGUAUCUGAUUGGAGGAAACUCCAUGGAUGGCUCCGCCCCUCACAGCACGGCUCAGACCACUAGAGCCUCCCCCGCCACGAUUGAAAUGGCGAUUGAGACGCUCCAAAAGUCUGAAGGUUUGUCCAGUCAGAGAAGUUCGCUGCUCAACAGCCAUCUGCAAUGGCUCCUGGAUAAUUACGAGACAGCGGAGGGCGUGAGUCUGCCACGCUCCACUCUCUACAGUCACUACCUGCGCCACUGUCAGGAGCAGAAGCUGGAUCCGGUCAACGCUGCGUCUUUCGGGAAGCUCAUCCGCUCCAUCUUCAUGGGGCUGCGCACACGCCGCUUGGGCACCCGAGGGAACUCUAAGUAUCACUAUUACGGGAUUCGCGUGAAGCCGGACUCUCCUCUGAACCGGUUGCAGGAGGACAUGCAGUACAUGGCAUUGAGACAGCAGCCCGUCCAGCAGAAGCAGAGAUUCAAGCCAGUACAGAAGUUGGAUGGCGUUUCGGGGGAGAACUUCUCCACCGGGGGGCAGCACACACCUAACGCUGCGGAGCAGACGUUCAUCGCUCAAAGCCAGCACCAUCAGCAGUUCCUGGACAGGUCCAGAGCUCUGCCAGAGUUCGUCGAACUUGACCUCGGAGAGCCUGUGGAAGGCGUCGGACCUGAAGACGUCAAAGCCCUUCAGACGCUGUACAGAGAGCACUGCGAGGCCAUUUUGGACGUAGUGGUGAACCUUCAGUUCAAUCUCAUCGAGAACCUUUGGCAGACUUUCUGGCGCUAUUCUCCAUCCAGCACCGUGGAGGGCGUCACCAUCACUGAAAACAGUGGUUUGAGCGAGAUCGAGGGCCGCCUGCCGCGGAGCACACUGAUUCUUCUCUGCAGAAACGAGGCAGUGCUCAAGUGGAUGAACACCUGUGAUCACCUGAUGUACCAGGCCCUCGUGGAGAUCCUCAUCCCUGAUGUUCUGAGACCCAUUCCUAGUGCCUUGACUCAAGCCAUCCGUAAUUUUGCCAAAAGCCUUGAGGGCUGGCUCACCAACGCCAUGAGCAGCAUCCCCCAGAGGAUGAUCCAGACCAAGGUUCCCGCUGUUAGUGCCUUCGCUCAGACACUCCGCAGAUACACGUCUCUGAAUCAUCUGGCGCAGGCGGCCCGUGCAGUGCUGCAGAACACCUCCCAGAUCAACCAGAUGCUCAGCGAUCUCAACCGGGUUGACUUUGCCAAUGUUCAGGAGCAGGCCUCGUGGGUGUGCCAGUGUGAAGAGGGCGUAGUUCAACGCCUCGAGCAGGACUUCAAGGCCACCCUCCAGCAGCAGAGCUCUUUGGAACAGUGGGCAGCUUGGCUGGACAACGUGGUCACUCAAAUACUCAAGCCGUAUGAGGAUAAACCCUCCCUCCCCAAAGCUGCACGCCAGUUCCUGCUCAAGUGGUCCUUCUACAGCUCUAUGGUCAUCAGAGACUUGACCCUCCGCAGCGCGGCGAGUUUCGGCUCGUUCCACUUGAUUCGGCUGCUGUAUGACGAGUACAUGUUCUAUCUGGUGGAGCACCGCGUCGCACAGGCCACAGGAGAGACGCCCAUCGGCGUUAUGGGAGAGUUUCAGGACCUGAAUACCAUGUCACCUGCCAACAUCGACAAAGACGAGGUGAGCGAGAUGGACAGUGAUCUGGACGAGGAGAUGGAGGAGUCUGACGAGCCUCUGGCCAAGCGGGAGAAAGCGGAGACGGAGGUCAUCCAGGUGUUGCAGGUGGGAGCCGUGGAGGACGGCAGCGGUGCGGUGGUGAGCGUGGUUCAGUCCAGCAUGCUCAGCACUUUACCCUCGACCGAGCACAUCCUCAGCUCGAGCGGAACCAGCACCAUCCGCCACUGCGGCAGUGUGGGAAACACAUACGCCUCGGUCUGAAAGCCCGUCCGUUUCGCUCUUAUCCCUCAUGAGCGCUUUCUAUCUCUUUCAGUACCAUGUCUCCAAGACAUCUAUUCUUAAAAGCGAAAAUGGAUUUCCACGACAGCUCCAACAAGCUAUUAAAUCAACUUUAUGAUGUGAUGGGAUGCUGAUUGUAAAAUUUAAAGCCCUGAUGUUAGUAGAAAGCAUUAUUGGAUGACCCAGAACUCAAAUCCAAGCCACUAGCUCCACCAGGGAUACCAUUCGCCUAGUUGAUAUUUAAUUACUUCUCUAUUACUGUACUGGUUAUUGUUUACAGUUGGGUUUAGAACAUUGUAAUUGGCCAAAUGUUGCGUGCUGUUUGGUUAGGGAGUGGAAAGUCUCGCUGUGUGUAAGCAGGCUAGACGAGUGUUUCCAAUUGCCUUCUGAUUUAGUCAUGUGGUAGCUCGAGUUUUUUUUUUUUUUUGUCAUUGUACAUAUAUGCUGCAUGUGCGAACUGUAUUGUGGGUCUUUUUCUUUUUACUAAUUGGACCAAAAACACAAGUGUGAGACACAACAGGGCCAUUUCGAAGCUUUGUUGCUUCGGUGCGAUGUUGCAGAACAGAGCGAAUGUCAGGGAUUUUAUGUACCUCGGGUUCAUCUUAGUGCCUUAACCCAAACAACAGCUUUUCAUUUCGUCUGAACCGGUGAGGCGACACCGAAGAGGCCACUUGUGUUUGUACUGUAAACCACACCGCCAGAGAAUAUUCAUAGUAGACAUCUGCCACCCAGUUCAUCACGGUGGACACGUGGCUGGAUUUGUGAUCUGACACUGAGCACCUACAUGAAAAUUCAGGGUCAUGGUAUGCUAAAACGUGUCUGUCACUCACGUACUGCUCCCUAUCUAACGUCAAGGCCCGUUCGUUCCUUCGCCUCUGGAAUCAGGUGAAGUUGUGUGAGCGAAAGCGUGGAUUUGGCCGAGUUGUUUUGUCGUGGUGUGUUUGCCGUCACCCUACCUCACGCCGGUGCUGCCGGUCUUACUCACAAGUCCUGAUGGGAUUGUGUCUCUUCUUUGCUGACCCACAUGUUCUUGUUUUAAGUUCACAUCAGCUGCCCUCCAACAUCACGAUUGGUGGACCAAAAGUUGAUAAAGAGUUUAAACAUUGGGUCCCGUUCACAAACAAGCAGAUUUUACAUUUACGUAAAUUGUACUAGUGAUUUUACCAACCAUUCGUUUCAUGCAGGAGAUCUUUGAUUUUAUAAUUUUUUUAAUCUUCUGCAUGAAUAGAUGAUGAUGGAGUUUAGAGAGUUUUUUUAAUUACUGUGAAAUGAGAAAUGUUAAAUCCUCUUCUGGAGAUCACAGCAUAUAUGUUCAUGUAAAGUUAAGGAUGAACUCUGCUGUUUGGUUUCAGAUUGGUGCGACUAACUAAUGGAUAAUUUUUGUACUUGACCUGUCUAUUGCUGUACUAUUGUGGAAAACACUGGAAAAUUGUAGUUUGAAAACUAAAAAGCAUUAUUUUCUUCACUACUGACGUUAUUUUAAAUGAAUGACUGUGUGCGCCGAAGCGGUUUCAUGCAUCUUUUUAAUCUAAAUGUAUUAUCUUCAUUUUAAUUAACAUUUAAACCAUCCUGAUAGUUACCGCUCACUUGAAGAGAUUCCGUAUGACGCGUCCAAUUUUCUGAUAAUCGUGAUGUUGAUUUAUAUUUAUGUGUGCAAUCUGAAAGUCACCUUUUUAAGCGUAACACCCAGUUACUAAAG